AUGCCUAAGGUGGCGAUACCAAAGCAAGGCAUCACUGAGGUGGUUGUGGUUUCUCCUGACCUCCACAGCAUUACCCAGCCAAACCUAUGUCGGCAGACCAAUCCCAUUAGCAACAAAAUAUCCGCCUACUCAGCGACUUCCGGUUUUUUUUGGCUCUUCACCAAAUGGCUAGCGAGCAUAUGCUGA